AUGACUCCUACAGUAAACAACAUCACGGAAAUGAAGACACCAGCUCAAGUGACAAUGACAGGAACAGCCCAUGGUUUCGUUGCCUAUUGCGGGUUUGUGACCCUGGAGGCGUCCCACACGCACCCCGUCUUGGUCAUGUUCUUGAGAAUACUUAUGUCAGAGAAGGAGAAGAGAGAUAAGAAAGCCCUGGAAGAAGAUCCGGAGAAAUACGCAUUGAGAGCGUACCGCAAAUCUCAGAUGGAUUACGUAAAACAAAUGCAGGAACGUCUGUCCAAGCUGUAUUACAUGGUCAAGAAACAAGCAGGUGAGCUUGUGAAGAAGAUCGACGCAGCUGGAAUGGACGCAAAUGAUGUUGAUGACAUGAUGAACAGCGAUGUUGAUAUAAAAGAAGCGGCCAAGAGAAACUGGAGUAAAGCGCUGAUUACAGCUAGGUUUGUGCAGAGAAUGCAGAGAUAUGUUGAUGAAAAAGGUGUAGAAUGUGUGACUCAACUCCACGACGACAUAUUUCAUUACUGGCUUCUCUUGCCGUCGUCGCUGCUGAUCUUGCUUCUGUCCUUCUCCUUCCGGCGACGGAACAUGUGCCUCUCAUGUCUGGGUGGCCGCCCCGGCGCCGUCUUCCCCAUGGAUCUCCUGGGAAAAUCAAACCGGACAUCAUACGCGGCCGCAUGGGGCGCUAUUUCAUUUCUUGUAGCCCAAAUGGUGUUCGGAAGUUCCAAUAUCGUGAAACUAGAGGGACCUAACUACGUCACCAUCUGGAACAAGAUUCUGUCGGUGAUUGUGUUAGCCGUGGGUUAUUUUCCCAUGUUUGCUGCGCUGGCCCUUGAGUCUGUCGUUGGCUACAUGGUGGCAACACUUUAUACCUGGGCGCUGUUUGGGAUCGAUAUCUACAAAAUCUUCGAGUGUGACUUUAUAUUGUCGACACGGAUGCUCAUAAUAGCCCGUGACCUGCCCAACCUGCUCUGUCUGGGAUACCUGUGUGUAAGUCUCCCCGUGCGCAUCGUGCAGGCGCUCCGCCGGCGCUCUAUUGGGUUUUACUCGUCAGCGGAAAUGGUUUCCAUUCUCAACAUGGACAAAGAUGUUGAGAACACAUCGGAAGCAGAACACGUCCGCGCGCUGCUCCGUCCGCCAAAACUGGAAAGGGAGAAGCCUGUAGGGAUAGGAGCAAAGGUCAUGAACCUAGGGAAAUCGAUCACCAAAAAACUCUUAUACAGUAACAAACACAAAUUCCGUUACUCGUCAAGGAUCCUGUCUGUUAUGCUGAUGGGGGUCCUUCUUAUAUACAAGGUUUCGCUAGAAACCUUCGUCACGGGCUUGUCAGCAAUAAAAAUGAUUAAGCGAGGUUUUGAUGCAACCAUCGACAGGAUUGGGGAGGAGCCUUACCCUGGGGAGGAGGAGUGGAUAACCUAUACCCGGGAUGGCAUCUUAUUUUUAAACUUUCUCCUUUUCAACAUAAGAAUCGUCUUCAUCGUUUCCCUUACAUUAACACUGGUGACCGGGCUUGUGACAAUUAUUCACAUGCUGGCUUCAUACAGGGAGAAUUUGCUUGACCUAUACCGCGGAGACAACACCCACAUUCCACACAGGUCCACAAUGAGUAACGCCUCGCUCCUCAUUGGUAGUAUGCGCUAUGCUGGUUACCAAGUGGCAUAUAUUGCUUGGGGUUACGUCCUCCACUUUGCCAUUCUGUUCAUCGUGUGCUUUGCGUUGUGUAUCGUUAUCACGUUGCUUAUGUUCGGAGUCUACAGCUGGAUUAUUUGGAUCCUAAAGGCCAUUUGGCCGGCCUUUUUAAUGUGGAUACUGCUAAUGAUGCUACAGAAACUGUCGGCUUCCCUGGCGUUCCUACAAGGGCGUGGCCUAUACCUAGCAAUCGAAAACAGACGGGUGCUUUUCAUUUUUUCCUUCUUUAUGUUCUUCUACAACAUCUUUAUUGGGUUCGUUUCCUGCCUUCUCCGCAUCAUCAAAUCUAUCGUGAUAGGCGCGCUCAUGUUGCCUCGCCUCGAUAACAGUGCUCUGCCAAGACGCUUCCAGAUGAUGGAUCCCGGUUUCGUUGCCUAUUGCGGGUUUGUGACCCUGGAGGCGUCCCACACGCACCCUGUCUUGGUCAUGUUCUUGAGACUGCUAAUGUCAGAGAAGGAGAAACGAGAUAAGAAAGCCCUGGAAGAAGAUCCGGAGAAAAACGAGAAAGUGGUUGAGAAAACAAGAGCCUUCAUCCGAGCAAGAAUACGUUGGCAGACAGCGUACUCCAUCCUGAACAACCCAGCAUUGAGAGCGUACCGCAAAUCUCAAAUGGAUUAUGUGAAACAAAUGCAGGAACGCCUGUCUAAGCUGUAUUUCAUAGACAAGAAACAAGCCGGUGAGUUGGUGAAGAAGAUCGACGCAGCUGGAAUGGACGCAAAUGAUGUUGAAGACAUGAUUAACAGCGGUGUUGAUAUAAAUGAAGCGGCCAAGAGAAACUGGAGUAAAGUGUUGGUUAUGGGUGGGUUCAUGCAGAGAAUGCAAAAUUAUGAGGCCUCAACGGAAUUGUAA